CAAAAGUACUCAAUACCUUAACUGUGUGCAUAACGGUUAAUAGAGGGAAAAAAUCUUUGCUGGCCAUCAGACACAAAGAAAGUAACUGUUAACUGACGAAAUGAAAGUGCAGUUAUUAAACUGACUAGGAAGCUAUCAUUCUUCAAUGUACCCUUUCUUUUUUAAGACAGUGGGGUGCAAUUUGAGUGUCAUUUCUUUGUUAUUAGUAGGAGGUCAAGUGAUCACAUAUACUCUGUCGCUAUUGUGGGUUUAAAGAAAAAUUAUAAAAAAGUAAAAUGGGUAGUUUUAUUGCGAAAAACUGAAAUUAAGUCGCCAAUCUGGAUUGGCAAUCAACUCUGAUCGUAGGCCUGUUUGUUCAGAGUUCACCGACUUGAGAUUAAACAGCGGUAAGAAAGGCGACAUAUUAUAACCGAAAGUAGGACGAGAUGGACAGAGUUAGAACGUUUUUAAUAAGAAAUCUAUAAGAUCAGUCCAGACAUGUAUCACAGUAUCCAGGAACUUGAUAGCGCUCUCUAUUGUAAGAGGUAAUUUUUUGCUUCACGCUCAGUUACAAGCCGUGUAAAUUUCACAUUCGUUUGUGCCAUUGUAUAUUGGUAACAACUAAUUAACUGUUGUAGGUGAGAGAUUAGUCAUCAACCUGGAUAAAAAUAAGAGAUAGUUUGCAAGAAGUACUUGAAAAUCCUGGUAAUCUAUCAAUUUCAAACCUUACUACCUCAAUACACCUCUCAUUAUUUCAUAUUGCAAUGUUAUCACUUGAUAUUGAAAUUAAAAUAUUUCACUAAUGACUAUCAACAUAUUUACCAACUUCUGAAGACUAAAAGUAACCUUAUGAAGCUGAUGUCUGAGAGUUUUUACAACUUUUGGUUAAAUUGAAGUGAAUUUUUUCUUGGCCUUGAUAUUACUUGCAAAAUUCCUACACUGGUAUUUGCUAGAAAAUUUUCUUUAUAAAUGAAAUCUGAAGAUUUACCAUGAAGUUUUAUCUGUAUUAUAUAUAAGGACUUGAACUUUGAUAUCUGGAUAUAACUCAUUCAUUGGAGGUAUUUUAACAAUCCUUCAGUUGCUGGUUAUUAUUUGCAAAAUUAUUUCCUAAUAAUUCUAAGUAGAGUCUACCUUAAUUUGAAGUAUUAGGAUAGAAUGAUAUCUUUUUCUUAAGAACCAAGACAUCAUUAGACUUUAACUGUGACAACACACAGAGAAAAUAUAGAUUAAAAGAGAAGUUAUGGAUGAGGAAACAAAGACUGGGAAUAUUGAAUCAGACACUGAAAAUAUUGAAUCAGAUAUUGAGAAUAUUGAAUCAGACACCGAGAAUAUUGAAUCAGACACUGAGAAUAUUGAAUCAGACUCAGAGAAUAUUGACUCAGACAUUGAGAAUAUUGAAUCAGAUACUGAGAAUAUUGAAGCUGACACCAAGAAUAUCGAAUCAGACACCGAAAAUAUUGAAGCUGACACCAAGAAUAUCAAAUCAGACACCGAAAAUAUUGAAGCUGACACCAAGAACGUCGAAGCAAAGACUGAGAAUAUUGAAGGAGUCACUGAGAAAAUUGAAAUAAAAACUGAGAAUAUUGAAGUGAAAACUGAGAAUAUUGAUACAUUUAAUCAAGCAGGAAAAAAUACAGAAGUGAAAUCACGUACAUGUGAAGUAUGUGGGAAGUUAUUUACUACAAGCAAUUUAUUAUCUUCCCAUAAAUGUCAAGGUAAAAGUCUACACCACUGUUAUAUCUGUGGUAAAAUUUUCUCUCAACAUAGUCAUUUGUCACGACAUGUGCGUAUCCACACAGGAGAAAGACCAUACCAUUGUGAUAUCUGUGGUAAAUCAUUCUCAGAUAGUAGUACUUUACACACCCACAAACGUAUUCACACAGGAGAGAAACGGUACCACUGUGAAUUCUGUGGUAAAAGCUUUUCUGGAAAUACUGGUUUGUCUUCUCACAGACGUACACACACAGGAGAAAGACCAUACAAAUGUGAUGUCUGUGAUAAGGCAUUUUUUACAAGGGCUUAUUUGACUCGACACACACGUAUUCAUACAGGAGCAAAACCAUACUUUUGUGAAUUUUGUGGUAAAUCAUUUGCAGAUAGAAACACGGUAAUUUCCCACAAACGUAUCCAUACCCAGGAGAAACCAUUCCCCUGUGACGUUUGUGGUAAAACAUUCUCUGAAAGUAGUAAUUUGUCUUGUCACAAACGUAUUCACACAGGAGAAAGACCAUAUCAAUGUGAUAUCUGUGAUAAAGCAUUUUUUACUAAAAGUCAUUUGUCAGGUCACAUUCGUAUUCAUAAAGGAGAACGUCCAUACCAAUGUGAUAUCUGUGAUAAGGCAUUCUCUCAAACUUCUCAUUUAUCUCGACACAAACGUAUUCAUACAAGAGGGAAACUGUAUCCCUGUGAUAUUUGUAGUGAAGCGUUUUCUACAAAUGAACAUUUAAUUCAACAUCAACAUAUUCACAUGGGAAUGAAUAUGUAGCCAUAUGGUAAUAGAUUUUAUCCAAAUAGCAAUAUAUUUUAUAAAUGAAUUUGUUUUUAUUAUAUUUCAACACACUACUAUCAAUGUUAUACUGUUUUAUUCGCUGCCAAUAGCUUAUUGGAAAUUCCACUGUAUCUUUUAUAUGCACUGAAUACUUGAUCAGCUGAACAUUUCAUAUAUCCAUUACUGCUAAGCAUUCCUGUAGAGUAUCUGAGUUAAUGAUUCUCACCCUGUUGACCAGAAUACACUUACACUUUUCAUGUCUUCUAUAUUUUUGUGUGUGUGCAUGGAGCAGAAGCAUUGUCCUACAUGUGAUCAGUACUCUGAGCUUUGUAAAGGCUCUACUACUGACUAGGACUGAAAUAUUUAUCGACACUAAAGGUUUUGGAGGUGGAAUUACCAUGAGUGUUUCCUUAGAAAUUUUGAGUCCUCUCAUUUGUAGGUGUUUUGUUCUUGAUUAAAUAUGAAAAGUACUACUGUUUCUUUGAUAUGCAUAGUGACUGUACUUUUGUCCCAUUGAAUGUACUGUGUCAUGUUCCCAUUGAAAAUCUUCUCAAGAUCUAUGACAAGGGCAAAAAUCAGUCUUUACUUCAUACCCAUAUGACAAAUAUGUCAUCAGGUGACUGGCUAACUUUCUGAAAGUUGUGUUGCAAAUGGUAAGCUUUUUUUCAUUAGAGGAAUACAGGAACUUUAACAUUUUAUUUUUUUUAUCAUGCUCAGAACCUGCAUCUUCAUCAAUGUGUCAUCCUACUAGUGUUGUUACCUGACAUAACCGUUGAAAUUAUCCUCUAUGAAGAUGAUGUCAAUGAUAUCGGUUUUCAUCUAGCUUGAACAAAAGUUUCACUGAACUUAUCCUUCUACUUGUCUAUUAAUCCUAUUGGUGAGACUUAAUCACAAAUCAUAGAUGUUUUGAUGUUGUAAAAUAUAUAUUUGAAAUACUUAUUAUGUUAUCUUAUAUAAAUAUAUACAGAAAAGAAAUUAUAUCUGAUGAUAUAUAUGAUCAUACAAAUAUUCACAAGUUAUACUUGUUUGUUGGUAUCCCAUGAUAUGUAUGAUAAUACUUUCAAUCCUGAUUUGAGCAACAUAAAGCAAUCUCCAAAUUACAACAAAUUAAUAUUUAAGUAAGCUAUAAGAGAACACCUGCUGGAUGACAAUGUACCUUCUAGAACAUUCCAAUAGUUAACCCAUGCUAUUUGUGUAACUGUUACUAUAUAUGAGAAAAUGCAUAGAACCAUAAAAGAUAUCUUAUUAAAAUAAAACUUUGAAAUAUUAA